AUGUCUUUACCAAAUGCUUCAAUCAAAGUAACACACUUUAUUAUAGGUGGUUUUGACACAGUCAAAAGGCCGGUGGCAGUUGGUGUGGUUAUGCUGGUAACCUAUCUUCUUGCUGUUACUGCCAAUGUGGUAAAUAUCCUCUUCAUUAUUUUUGACAAGAGAUUACACAAACCAAUGUAUCUUCUAAUUUGCCACCUUGCUGUUGUUGAUAUAACGUACACCUCCAGCACCACUCCAACAAUGACUGGGGUUCUACUUGCUGGGGUUACUACCAUAUCCUAUGUGGAGUGCUUCAUUCAAAUGAGUGUUUUCCACUGGGCAGGAGUGAUGGAGUUGUUUUCAUUAACAAUUAUGGCAUUUGAUAGAUUAGUUGCUUUUUCUUUUCCUUUUCAAUACCACAGUUAUUUAACAAAUGCACGCACUCUUGUUGUCACAUACAUCCUGUGGGUUGUCGCCUGUGGUAUUGUUGCUGUUAUGCCGGUAACUGCGGCUGCGCUUCCUUAUUGCACCUCGAGGAUGAAGUACACUUUCUGUGACUAUGCUGCUGUUAUACGAACCACUUGUGUUGAUCCUAACUAUUAUUUCAAUUUAGUCUCAGUCAUAAUGUUUUUUCUUCUGUUUUUCACUUUUUCUUUCAUUUGCCUUUCAUAUUUUGUGAUUGCAUUUUUUAUGAAAGUUUCCUCAAAUAGGGACAGGAAGAAAAUGGCAAGCACCUGUGUGAGUCACUUAAUUGUGGUAACAUGUUACUACUCGCCUGUAUUUGUUCUUAUUGUCUUGACCAGAUUGGGUGUGGUAUUAACACUCGCGGAACGUCAGGGUUUACUGAUUGGGAGCAUCCUCGGUCCAGCUGUUGUUAAUCCUUUUGUGUACUGUUUGAGGACAAAGGAAAUUAAAAACAAGAUCUUUAAGAUAUUCAUAAAAAAAGGUUAA